AUGGUGAACGGGAAACGGGGGUUAUUUCUGGGGGGAACCGGCGGAGGGAUGGCGAACACCCUUGCGAAACUUCAAGAAACCGAGCGCUCGAUUGAAGUACUCAAAGAGGACUUGAAAGUGCUAAAGAAAGUGAUUGAGUUGUGCAGUUUGUUGCGAACUCCACACGAGGUCCUAGCCACUUGUCUAUCCGACCUCGAGGCAUCACUUUCAAGACGAGUGCGUUCACUUUCCGAGCAACUCUCCUCAAAUCCCGACCUCACAACUGUAGUUCUCAAUGUGGCCACAUCCAAUGGUGUCGAAACUGUUCCUAUUGAGUUCGCCUCCGCCGAUCGUCGAACACAAUGGGAGACGGCAUUCAAAGAAGCCAAAACUGCUUUAGUCAAUCAUCAAGCUGAUGGAAAUCCAGUGACCCUGCAAUCGAUAUUGGCUCAUCAAACUCGACCAGGGCUUCAAUUCUGUGCGGCGACGGUUGUCCCAGGGAAACGCGCCGACAGUGCUCCAUUUGUUUGGGCGUGCACGUCAGAUAAGUUUUCAGGACAGGUUGCAGUUUUAUCUGUGGAAAAUGAGCCAGCUAUUGAGAGUUGUGCCGGAAUUGGGAAUGCGGCUGUUUCUGCAAUUGCUACAGUACCCCCUGCUAGUCGAGCUCGAAAAAGAUCACUCUUCCGAAUGGAAAGAUCCGUUGAUAAACUAUCCAGAGAUGAAUCAGUGCUAGAUCUCAAUAGCUCGGAGUCUUCAUCAUCAGAUUCCGACGAUGAAGGACCGACAACUGUUUGGAUAGGAAACGAUGAUGGAGAAGUUUUCUUGUUGAACUCUUGUGAAAGAGUGAGAAAUCGAAUCCGAGAUCGAGUGGCUCGUCUCUCAUUACCGAUUCGAGCAAUUUGUCCCUCCCAUGCUCAAGUAUUCGUCUCAGCCGGUAACAGUUCUCAAUCCCAACUUGUCGCUUUUCGAUCACUUAAUGAUAACUCGUGGGAUCUCGAGCAUCCAUCAAACAUCAAUCUUCCUUUCACAGCCUCUGCCGAUCCAAUGGUGGCUGUGGCACGUGGCUUAUGCUUGGCAGCAGCUCAUCAACUCUACAUUUUGGAUCCUGAUACGCAUAUGAUUGAAAGAUCUUCAUCCGUUUUGCUAGCUGGAGAGACAAUCUCGAGUUUGUGCGUCUCGGGAGCACUUCUUUUCGUGGCUGCGGCUAGAUCAUCGUCUGUUUGGGCAGUUGAUGCUUUCUCUCUCGCACCACUCAAUCAAUUCUCGAUCGCUCCAAUCAUACAAGCUCAAUUAGCUGGCCGCGAAGAUAUCCUUCGAGAGCACAAGCUUGGCUGUCUUCGAGUGAGCACUUUGGUUGCUUUUCGAUCAUUGCUAUGGAUUGGUACUUCUUCUGGCUUCAUCCUUUCAACUCCAACAACAGCAGCUCGAGCUCAAACAACACCUCCAAUCACUGUGUUAGAAGUGGGACAUGCUGGUCCUUGUCGUGUCCUUCUCCCGAUUCCAAUUCAACAAGUCAAGAAAACAAAGAAAAUGUCAUUAAGUCUUCCACCACAACAAAAUUCUCAAAUCUUAUUCCUUUCGUGUGGUGAGGGUUUGGAUGAUGCAAAGGGAACAAGUCAUGAUCCAAUCGGAGAUCCGACAAAUCAUUUGAUUUUUUGGCGAGCU